CAUCAGUGUCUUGUGCACAAUUCCAUCUGUAGCGUUGUAGCCUGAAACUGUGCAAUGGAUAACGAAGUACAGAAUUAUGUAAAAUCUUUCAUUAAGGCUAAUGUUAGAAGAAUACAAAUUGCUUUAGCAAUUGCUAUAAUAAGAUCCAAACCAGAAGGCAUUACAGCUGUUCAGCAUGCUUCUGUAAUUCAGGCUCGUUUCAAGGCUAAAUACUCCAAUUGUGUGCUUGAACGAUCUGAUUCUUCGAAAGAACCCGUUGUUUAUGAUCAGAAGACGCUUACUAUGCAGCAAAGACAACUUAUCUCAAGCCUCUGGGAAGCCGUGCCUCACUUGACAACAAAUGAUCCUGUACAGAAUAAGCCUCAGAAUUCACAGGUGUAUCAAGGACGUUCACAUGACAUGUUUGAGAGUGAAGAUUUUAUGUCUCAAGUGGAUAAGAAUAGUGAUGCUUCACCAAUGGAGCAAAAUGAACUGAAUCUUCGGUUUAUUCAAGCUAUGAUUCAGUUGAAAUCUGUUGUGAAUACCUGCUCAUACAUUUCAGCAACUGAACUGCAAAAUAUUCUCUUGGCUGUGCAUACUGAUGAUAGCAAAGAGACUGAUGAGUUGCAUACUGACUGUGGUCAUGAGUCAUUGAUCUCACACAGAUCAAGGAAUCAGCAGAAUACAGCAAUACAUAAUUUUCCUCACUCUGAAAUCGGAUUUGGUUUUGGAACUAACAGAGAUUGCAAUGUUUCUGGUGGAAUACUGAAAUAUCUAAUGUGUUCGUCGGGUGCAAAUCAUCUGCUUGUUCGUUCAGUGGAAGCUGUUCUACAGUAUCUGAGUCAGAGCAUACAGACUGAAAAGAGUGAGUCACUGGAUUUGAUUUUUCAAAGCUGGAAAGGCUCUGUACUGGAAUAUUCGCUAAAUGUUGUGCAUCAACUAGUGGACCAUUUUGCGCAGCAAGGGGAAGAGCAGAAUGAAUGCCGUGAAGUUUGCUUCACUUUCAUUCGCAAUGUUAUUGAUGGAAUUCUCAAUGCUGAUUCACCAAACAUGCAUCCUGUAUGGACACAACAGUGUUGUAUUAUGGUUGAAAUGGGAAACAGCAAACACUUAUGCACUGAUUUUCUCAACUACUUGACCGAUAAGAUGCAGAACAUAUCUAGAAAUCUGAAACCAAAAGCUGCUUCAGCUAAUAAUGUUGAAAGUGAAGAUUCUUUUGGUCACAAACCAGGAGAUAUAGAAAAAAGUUUUUAUUUGUUCUACAUGACAGAGAAACUCCUGAAGAAGUGGAAAACAUUCCAGUCAUCAAAUAGGUCAGUAAACAAGAAUGAUACAUCACAAGUUUAUGGUGCUAAUAUAUUAGAACUAUGGAGACAGAACUGGUCACUGCCAAAAAGCAACGCUAACUCAUCGGGUAGGAAUGAUAGUAUAGAACAAAAUCCAGCAUCCAAGUGGAAAGAUGUCCUGGAGGAAUUGGUGAUAAAUUUCACUGAAGAUUAUCCAUUCAUUACAUUAUAUGCCUUUCAAUGUUUGGAGCUGCUACAGCAAGAGAGUUGAAGCAUAUACGACAUUGAUUUUGUAAGUCUGUGGGCUGACAUAUUCACAUGUUUAUGUUUACUCAACAAAUACACUAGUUAGCUGUUUUUGUGCUAAUUUAAUUUAGAAAAUAAAUUCAUUUUUGUUUGUUUGGUUGUGUAUUUUGACAUUUAGCUUAUAGAUAUUUCUGAAUGAAAAGCUGCUAUCAAGAUGUGACAGUAGACUUUAUUUACUUUGAUAUCUGCAAAACAAAGGUUCAGAGUGGAGCAUUCAGAAAGAUAUAACAUGUAUAGUGUGAAAAAGGUUAAAGAUCUUGAUGAAGUCCUGUCACUGAAGUGUGCUAUUAGUUCAACAAUAUUUUUAUUCUGAAAGUUAUCUGACUAUUACAAAUUUAGCCCAUUUCUACUCAGUUAAGUCCCUUCAUUGGCAGUAGAAUCCAUCAGUUUACAUAGGUAUUUUUCAUAUUUUGCUUACUUUAGUUUCAUUUACAACUAUUCAAAACACUGAUGUGUGAAAGAAAGAGGAAAAUAUAUGAUGUAUUUCAGGAAAUAUGUCAGUGGUUAAAAUGUUGUAUAUCCAUUUCUGGAAAAUCUUCUAUUAUUGUGUGUCCCAGAUUGGUGAAUCUGCUACAUUUGUUCUGCACAAGUAUUGUAUGUCAGGAAAUAUCACCCUGGUGGCAUUAAGGAUUUAGAAAUAUUGUAUGUCGUGCCAGAUAUCAUAUUAGUUCAACUCUAAUAUCAAUUUAAUGAAAACUUUGGAUGUGGACAUAUGAUAUUUGUGUUUUGGAUCAUUAAUACAUACAGUGAACCCUCAAUAUAAUGCAAGUUUCUGGGCUCAGCUUCGAUAACCAGGUUAUAUAUGAAAUUGAUAUUUUUCUAAUUUUUGUAACUUUUGGUUGUGGUAAUUCAGAUGGCCAGUGUCUCAAUAUUCUUACAUUUGGUGGGUUGCUGAUUUCUACAACAAGUCUGUUAUUGUGUCCAAGUAUGCUUUGAUGGUGGAGUGUUGACAAUCUAUGCAUUUCUUCUAUGACAAAUGGGAUUUGCAGAUCAUUGAGGAUAGUAAAGUUUGAGACAUACCAAGGUGCUUUAGUUACUGAAUGCAAGAAUUUGGAUUGAAGUCUUUGAAUUUUUUUUUGUGUUUGAUGAUUUUGUACAGCCCCAUAGCUGUAUACCAUAUGUCCAUAUGGGUAGAGGUGAUAGAACCUGGAUUUCAUUUGUUAAUGUUGAAACCAAGGAGCAGUCAAAGCAAUGGAUGCACACAUACUUACCAAACAAGCUGAAAAAAGUGUAAGGAAAUGUUGUCUGCCAGAAAGCUGAUGGCUUCUGU